CGCACAACUUGGGAAACAAUUCGCUGUUCCUUUGCUUUUGCCUUGCAAGAAACGUGCGCCGAACGUCUUCUACUUCCAUGUCUCCUCUGUCGUCUCGAACUCCUGAUCCCUAAUCAAGAUGAGCGACGAAAUUACCACCACCAGCAGCUCGCCGCCGGCGCCUGCCUCCCCACUGGACAACGACGAUCUCCUCGAGGAGAUCCUUCUCCGUCUCCCACCGCAGCGGUCCUCUCUCCGGCGCGUCUCCGCAGUUUGCAAGCGCUGGCGAGGCCUUGUCGCCAACCCCAGGUUCCUCCGCCGCCGAUUGGAGCCGCCCCGCCUUGGCGCCCUCGUCUGCAGCGACAAGGAGAUUGUGUUCACCCCCAUCCUGGACCCCACGGAGGGCACCCCUUUGGAGCGUUUUGACCUCGGACACUGCAGCAAUCGCCGUCAUUACCGUGUGCUCGAUUGCCGUCACGGCCGUGUCCUCGUCAAAGACAAUCGGCGGACAGAGCUUGUUGUGUGCGAACCCAUUACAGGUGAGCAACACCGCGUGCCGAUUCCGGCAGAAUUCAAGUGGGUCCGUGGCCACCUCAACGGGGUGGUGCUUUGUGCCGCCACGGCGCAUGACCGCAUGCACGGUAUCUGCCAGUCCAGCCCAUACAAGGUGGCACUGAUGUCCAUGUAUGAAACUGACUUCAGAGUCAUCGCAUGUGUUUACUCCUCAGAGACUGGUAUAUGGGGUAGUUACGUCUCCACAUCGGCUCCAUGUUCGAGUUUUUAUGCUCAUAAUCAUGGGACCCUAACUGGUAGUGCCAUUUACUGGUUGCCCAUGAAAGAUCACAUACUUGAAUUUGAUUUGGAUAGAGGGACACUCGCCAUGAUCGAGGGGCCUGGUCUUAAUGAACCCCACAAACAUCGGAUCAUCAAAGCAGAGGAUGGUCAUGUUGGUCUUUUCGUGUUAACUGAAUAUAGCAUUCAAAUGUGGCAGAUGAAGGUCAAUUAUCAAGGUGUUACCACAUGGUUGUUGCGGAAUGCUGCAAUUCAUGGGAUCUCUCCUCGGGUUAAGAUAAAAAAGACACGAUUGCUUGGGUAUGAUGAGGAUACUGAAGCAAUAGUUCUAAAUAUGCGCGGGGGAGUCUAUAUGGUUGAACUUAAGUCAAUGCAAUGCAAGAAACUUCAUGAAGUCACUAAUUAUGCAAGCUGUCGCUAUUAUCCUUUUAAGAGUUUCCGUCCUCCAGGCAUAGGCAUUGCUGCUGGAUGUGAUGGAGUUGAAGCGCGGCACGGUGCAUUGGGAUGAAUGUUUCAUUUUUUGAUUUAAUAUAAUGUGCUGAAAUCGUUCAGCAAGUAAGAAUAUCACUUGAAUAUAGUUUGUGAGAAUUAAACUGUUUUAGUUUUUCACAAGCAUGUUCAUCACCAUAGAUCGAUUGUGAUCAUGAUCUACCCAUGCUUUUUUUUUGUUGCCUUGAGAUUAAUGGGAAAAGUACAGGGCCGAAGGAAGUAACGCAGAAUAUACCAGAUAAGAGAAAUAUAAGUGUUGUAAUUUUUCAAAAAGAAAUAAUUGGCAUGUAAUCUCGUCUAUCCAAACGAAAUUUUAACAUUUCAGUUUUGGUUUCAGUCUACAAAUAAUUUGAAGCUUUCAUGAACGACAAAAUUAGCAUGGUAGAAAUUUGUUCGAUGGUGAGAAGACUUCUUGCUGCUGUUGUCCAGUUAUUUGUUAUGGUUCAUAUA